AGACCCAUCUUCACUACAUCCACAGAAUCACAAACCAAGGGAUCCUCGAGCUCUCUCUGUCUCACGCUGCUCCACAGGUAAACCAUCAUCUGCUUCUCUGUUAAGGAAACAAAACCUAUAAAAAAAACCCCGAUUUUAUUUACUGGGUCAAUCCAAAAAAACACGUGAAAAAGCGAACUUUAUCGGAUGAAUUCUCAAUCUCAAUUAAGCUCCAUUGAAGACAUCUUCGAUUCCUCACUAAAUUUAGAGGAAACCCAUUUCAAGGAAGGCUACAAUGAAGGCUACAGCCAAGGGUUAAUGUCUGGAAAAGAAGAAGCGGAACAAACGGGCCUGAAAAUGGGCUUUGAAAUCGGUGAAGAACUCGGGUUUUAUCGUGGCUGUGUUGAUGUAUGGAAUUCUGCUAUUCUUGUUGACCCGACCCGGUUCUCUACCCGGUUGAAGGAGUCUAUUAAGAAGAUGGAGGAGUUGAUUGAGAAAUACCCGGUUUUGGACCCGGAAGAUGAGAGAGUGAAUGAGUUUAUGGAUAGUUUGAGGUUGAAGUUUCGGGUCAUAAGGGCGGGUUUGGGUGUGAAAUUGGAGUAUGAUGGGUACCCAAAACCAAAGGAAAUCGAGUUUUGAUGAGGGAGUUUUUGGGUUUUGUGUAAUGGGUUUGGUGGUUUUUUUGUUGAACCUUUGUAGUUCAAGUGGAUCUUUGGUUAAUAGAACAAGAAUGUUUCUUUUUGAUGUGAUAAUUUGUGGUCUAUGGAAAAGUUUGGAUCUUUAGAUUUUAUUUGAUCUUAUUAUGGCUAGGUAUAAAAUUCUAGUGUAGUUGAUUGUGUUUGAUUUUGAAGCUUAAUAGCUUUUUAUUUUCUAUAAGUUUAUUGAAUUUGGAUAGCUUAGUUGGUUUUGAACCUGUAGAAUGUUAUGUUUGAUCCGAUAUGUCAGCAAGUAUACAAUUCUAGUGUUGCUGAUUGUGUUAGAUACUGAAGCUUUAUUGAUCAGCUACUCCAUUGUGAAGAAUUUAAGCCUUGUUCACUUAA